AUGGCUCAGCUUGGCGAUCUUCCCCCGGAGCUCAUCCUCACCAUCUUUUCUCACUUGCGCUUGGGUCUGCCAAUGCAUGACCUGUUCGUAUGGCCAGGAGACAUCGAUGAGCAGGGACAAAUCACCGGAGUCAGAUGGAACGACCUUCUCAACUUCUCACUCCUGAACCGCCACUUCCGCCGAAUUGUCUCCGACAAGCUGUACACACAGAUCAGGAUCCACGGCAAGCUUCCAAUACCGAGACUCGUAUCGCUAUUGCGGUUCGUCACAGCGCAUCCUCACGCAGCUGCCGACGUGAGGCAGGUGUACAUCAACCUCGAUCCGUGGACGACCGGAUCUGCAUUUCUUCAACUGGCGGACGUAGACUUCAUCCAGACCGCGGCCGCGAAAGUCGGAAUUACCUAUCCACAAGAAAUAUUCCACUGCGACGAUCGACUCGCUGGUGCUUCGGAAGAGAGAGAAAUCGGCCUUGGAAUUGGUGGUUUUUUAGAGCUGGAACACCUGCGACUCCAGGUUCUCGUCAACAUCUCGCUUGCUCAUCUCAAAGGAACGCAGGAACUGGCGCUCACCUGCGCCUACGGCAUAUUCAGAAAUUUCGGUCUCAACGACCUAGCGAAGCUGCCGGGAUUAAUCGAUGUGGGAGAAGCUGACGAUAGCACCAGUACCGCUGACAAGAGACCAAUGGUGGUGAGCAAGCCCUGCCUUCCGCAGCUGUUCUCUCUUGUCACGACACGUAUUAUACCGAACCGGCUUAUCGGAUUCGAUGGAGAUGAGAUUGCGAAUCUUCUCUGCAUCGGCCCAAAAAUUACUCGGCUGUGUCUUGCUGAAGCUGGACUGGAUUUUAAAAUUCAAAAGAGCGAAAAUUGGACGAACAAUUCUCAUCUGACCCUGACUACCCAGCACAUAGGCACCGUAGCCGUGCGCAGCAUCGCCAAUCACUGCAGCGCUUUGUCGACCUUUAAGUAUUUGCCAGAACUGGGAUUAUAUGAACCGACAGCGUCCAGGCCGGCUCAGCUCAGGGAGGUGAUUGGCGCUCUGCGCAAACAUGCGAACACGUUGCGCACGCUAUGCAUUUCGUCCUUAGCGCACCUUCCUAGCGGUUCCAUCACCAUGCCUGUUUAUACGCUCAAUGGCUUCGUCGCCCUGGAGAAUCUCUGGAUUGAUAGAAGGACCAUUACUGGAGACUCGGAUGUGUUCCCGCGGAUGCUGGAUGGAAUUGGAAUGGUGGAUCCAAGAGAAGGGUUCAUCCGGUCUUUACCACGUUCCAUGAAAAGGCUCCAUUUGCAGAGUGCUUCACAUCUAUCGAGCGCGGGACUUUAUUGGCUUGCUGGCAACAGCAAGUUGUUCCCGGACCUUAUCAGAGUUGAGCUGGACGUAUGGCCAAAGGGCGAUGGUGAUACGCCAGAAGAGGUGGUUCAGAAGCUUUUCCUGCAGGUUGGGGUGGACGCGCGGACGGGGCGAGAUAUGGUUCGGGACGCCCGCUUAUGGGAUCGAUAUUUCUGA